UAUAGUAAACAUGGCGUCCGACAGUGAUAGCGACCAGGAUUUUGUUACUUUUGGAACCCCGUUAGAACCGCUAGAAGAAGAUGAGCCUCUGAGGAAGCCUAUCCCGGUGCACGAGCAGACGGUGAAGGAUGAGAAGGGUCGCUACCAGAGGUUCCAUGGAGCCUUCACCGGAGGAUUCUCUGCUGGGUACUUCAACACCGUGGGGACCAAAGAAGGGUGGACACCAUCAACAUUUGUAUCAUCCAGGCAGCAGAAAGCAGGCAGACAGAACGCCAGGCCGGAGGACUUCAUGGAUGAGGAGGACCUGGGUGAGCACGGCAUCGCCCCCAGACAGAUCAUCACUACGGCUGACUUUGCCUCAGGCAGGAAGGAUCUGAUCGGGGACAAGGCCAGAGCCAUCACCUCUCUUUCAGCCCCUAUCCCCGGGGACACUGUCCUGGAAGACCUGGUGGCUCCGGCUAGGUCCUCCAUGGGGGUGGAGUUACUGGGGAGGAUGGGCUGGAAGGAUGGCCAGGGGGUUGGGCCAAGGGUGAAGAGGAGACUGUGCAAGCAGGAAGCAGAUCCUGCAACAAGGGUGUUGGGCUCUGCCUUGCCUCCCAACGGUUCAUCAGAAUCACGGGACGAGGAGGAUGAUGAGUUCGUCCCUGAGAAUGUGACCUUCGCUCCUAAAGACGUGACCCCUAUAGACUUCACCCCUAAAGUGGACCUCCAUGGUCUGGGGUACCGGGGUCUGAACCCCCUGGCGGCCCUCAGGGGAGGUCCCGGGGCGGGAAACAUCAACCUGUUCACCAUGGACUCAGACAGGACCACCAACCUGUUUGGAGAGGACAGGAAGGGACAGAGACGCAGGGGAGGAGUGGCAGGACAGGGGUUUGGUGUGGGUGCUAUGGAGGAUGAUGAUGAGGACAUCUACCACAGAGACACCAUGUCUAACUACGACGCGGUGCUGGGAGGGGAGGAGCCUGGGGACGGCCUGUACGGAUGGACCGCCCCCCAACAGUACAACAGGAAGAAGAAAGUCCACAGUAAAGACGCUGCUUAUCUGGGUAAAAUACUAGAAGGAUUCACCCUGGGCUCCGACAAGAUGGAGACCAAAACAAUCUUCCCUCCUCCCGACCUGCCCAGAGACUUCAGGCCGGUCCACUACUUCCGUCCAGUGGUGGACAUGUCCAGCGUCAGCCCCAUGGUAGCCCAGGCCCUGCUGACGUCCCGAGGACACAUGGCCCAGGAAGAGCCCUCUAAGGGAGGACGCCACCAGCUGGACUCUGCCCAGAGGAGGGAGCUGCUGGGGGAGACGGCACUGCAAGGCCCCAGCUCUGUGUUUGACCUGCUGAAGGUUGAGGACAGAGAGAGACUGUCCGGCCUACGGAGGCCCUCCUCAGAUACCACCUCAGGACCCAGACCCCCCACUGAGCCCAUCCCUGGGGAGGCCAAAGCAGCUGUGGUGGCUGCAGGGGUAGCAGCUGCAGCAGCCAAAGCCUCCGCCCAGAAGGCCCUGUCUAGCAGGUUUGCACCCCCAGCAGAGCAGCAGCAGGAAGCUCUGAGUGUGUGGAGUGGACCUGCAGCCCAGGCACAGGCAGGACAGACCUUCAAACCCUUUGAGAGGACCGCUCAUAAACAGGCCCGCUACGACCUCUACAUAGACAAGCUCAAACAGGGAGACCGAGAUGCCCUGGAGUUGAGCUUGGACCCCGCCAUGACAGAGUGGGAGAGAGGGAGAGAGAGGGAUGAGUUUGUCCGAGCGGCUCUCCUCUACAAGCCCAGUAGCUCCUCUCUGUCCUGUCGCUUCACCAGAGGGAAACAUGAUGACGCCGUGGAGGCAGACACUGUGGAGGUGACGCGAGAUCAGGAGAAUGAUGUGGAUGACAAGCAGGCAGCUGUGAUGAGGCUCAGUGGGUUGAGACUCUGUACUGCCUUUUUUGGUCUUCAGAAUGAUGUGGAUGACAAGCAGGCAGCUGUGAUGAUGAAGAUGUUUGGGAAACUGACCAGAGACUCGUUCGAAUGGCACCCUGACAAACUUCUCUGCAAGAGGUUCAAUGUACCUGACCCCUACCCUGGGUCAGGGUUCGUGGGAAUGCCCAAAGUGAAGAGAGACAAGUUCUCUGUGUUUAACUUCCUGACUGUAUCAGAGAGUCCAACAGCUAGUGCUUCCCCCGCUCCACAAGCUGUGAAGCCCUCUGAGCCAGGGAAGAGGUCCAGGUGGGAUGUGUCUGGCCAGGCUGGGGCUUUGGAGAAGGAGAAGGAUCCUCUCAGUGAGUUCCUCAGUGUGGCUCGAAUUGAAGCCUCUGGAUCAGGACCAGACACCUCUACUACUGAUGGUCCUACAACUGAUCCCACUGUAGAGCCAGACACUGAGAAGGAGGAGGAGGAAGAGGAGAGCAGGCCACCCAUGGAUCUGUUCAAGGCCAUCUUCGCCAGUUCAUCAGACGAGAAGUCUUCCUCUUCUUCUGAAGGAGAGAGUGAGGAGGAGGAGGAGGAAGGUGUUCGGAGCAAGGCUGGGACUGGGCCUCAGAUAUCUAACCAGUUCAAUGUCAACACAAGCCCACCUGCUCCACCUGUGUCUGUAUCAGCUACACCCAGCCAGCACACAGACGUUAUGUUCAAAAUGCCCAGUGGUCCUGCUGCUGCCCCGCCCCCUCAGGACCAGGAAAUGGAAGAGGAGGAGUUUGGACCUCGACUGCCCCCCCCUUCCUCUACAUUGACAGCAGAGCGCCGUCCGGCCCCAACUCCCUCUGCUAAGAACGACAAACACAAGAAGAAGUGUAAGGAGAAGUACAAAGCCAAGAAACACGGCAAGCACAAGAAGGACAAAAAGCAGAAGAAGAAGCACAAGAGGCACAAGCACAAAGGCAAGCAGAAGAAGAGCGGUAGGAAGGAGGAGUCAUCAGACAGCAGCUCAGAGGGGAGUGACGGGAACAGCCAGGAGGAGGGAGGUGGCGUAUCAACAGAAGAGCUGCUCAGAAGGUUGAAGAGCAUCCGUGGGAAGAAUCUGCAGUGAAUCUGUGAUCCGACAGACAGCGGGAUCCACCAUGUCCUCUAUGAGGACAGAUACCGGAGACUGGAGUCAGGGAUCAUUCUGUAUGGCAUUUAGGAAUUCCAAUAGCCCUGUACCUACGGUGAUGAAAGAGGGUCUUACUCUAAAUAGAGAUGUGAGUUUUUGCUGAUCAAUGUCUUGGGCUGAUAUGUUGAGAUAUCAUGAAUUGUUGCCAUCCUCUGUCAAUCAAUAAAAAGUAGAUUUUU